UCUUUUGACCAUCUUUCUCCCUAUUUUUAAAACACAAUACACACACAUAUGUUUGUUCAUGCACAUGAGUGUCUGCGAAUAAAGGUAUAAGAGUAGUGAUACUUGUAUAUAUUUCAAAGUAUUGAAACAAUCAAACUACUUCGUGAGUUUUAUUCAAAAUCCAAACUUUUCAUCACCAUUCAAAAAUACAUUACAAAUCACUCAUAGCUGGAUUCAGAGACUACUGCUUUUCUUUCCAAGUCCUCUUUCAUUACGUAUCUUAAGGUUGUGACAUCGUGGUAAUUACUUCCUAUAUAACUUUUCAAGGCCAAGAAUUAGAGAAAUGACAUUGAGAACCAGUAGUUUCAAGAAAUUAGAUUCAGAUAUUAUGACAAACUUGAUUGGAUCUCACUCUCCCAGUAACAAUGGUAGAAAGAAUUCGAUUAACUUGAAAAACUGCGAGCCAGUGAGAGUGACGCUUGAAACAACCGCUUCAUUCAAGAAUUUGGUUCAAGAUAUCCAAAAUUCAGAUUCUGAUUGUUUUGGAAAUAAACCUAAUGGAUAUGGAUCAAAAUUUCCUCACAAAUCAGUGCCUCGUGUCUCACUUCCUCAGCCUGCCAUACUUUUUUCGCCACGACCCAUUAGUGAGCUUGAUGUUGCUGCUGUGAAGCUUCAAAAAGUUUAUAAAAGUUAUCGUACUCGAAGAAAUCUUGCAGAUUGUGCUGUUGUGGUUGAGGAACUCUGGUGGAAAGCAUUAGACUUUGCAUCUCUUAAGCGAAGCUCGGUGUCUUACUUUAAUGUUGAGAAGCCGGAAACAGCUAUGUCACGGUGGGCUAGGGCAAGGACUAGAGCUGCCAAAGUUGGAAAGGGUUUGUCUAAGUGCGAAAAGGCUCAAAAGCUAGCUUUACAACAUUGGCUUGAAGCUAUCGAUCCACGCCAUCGAUAUGGACACAAUUUGCAUAUGUACUACGAUAUAUGGUUCGAAAGUCAAAGCUCUCAACCUUUCUUUUACUGGUUGGAUGUUGGAGAUGGAAAAGAUGUAAAUGUCGAGAGAUGCUCAAGGAGUUGCUUACAAGGACAAUGCAUCCAGUACUUAGGACCGAUUGAAAGGGAAGCAUAUGAAGUGAUUGUAGAAGAUGGAAAGCUUGUAUAUCGACAAAGUGGUCUAUAUAUCGACACCAUUGACGGUUCUAAGUGGAUUUUUGUUCUUAGCACAUUCAGGAAAUUGUAUGUUGGUAAGAAGAAGAAAGGUGUAUUUCAACAUUCGAGUUUUCUUUCUGGUGGUGCAACUAUGGCAGCUGGAAGAUUAGUUGCACAUGGUGGUGUUCUUGAGGCUAUAUGGCCUUAUAGUGGUCACUACCACCCAACCGAAGAGAACUUCAUGGAGUUCAUUAGCUUCCUUGAGGAUCAUCAUGUUGAUCUUACAAAUGUUAAGAAGUGUGCAAUAGAUGAUGACACUUUCUCUUCCAAUAUCGAGGGUGAUGAAUCGAUAUCAAUAUCAUCCAUCAAGAUUACUAAAGUAGAAGAAACAAAUGCAUCUGAUAUAAAUAUUUCAAAUAAGAAAAUAGAGGAUGCCAACAUAGGGGAACCAAUGUUCAGCAUUGCUAGACGCUUAUCCUGCAAGUGGACUUCAGGAACUGGACCACGUAUUGGUUGUGUGCGUGACUAUCCCGCGGAAUUGCAGUGUCAAGCUCUUGAAAAGGUUAAUUUGUCUCCUCGUGUGGCUUCUGGGGCUAAUUAUGCCAAUUGUGGUCCAAUCCCCUCUCCACGGCCAAGCUCAAAGGUCAGGCUAUCUCCUAGAAUUUCCUACAUAGGACUCCCAAGUCCCAGAACACCCAUUGCUUCCAACUGAUCUUUGACUCAUGCAAGUAACAACCCAACUGGGACACAAAGUCUUGUAGUCCGUGCAACUCUACUAUUGCUUUUUAAACAUGGCAAUGAAGCCUAACAUAGUGGAACUCGAUUUUUUCAGCUUUUUUAGGAUUAGGAUUUUAACAAAUCUUUUCUUCAUUAUAAUAUUUUAGCUUUUCCUUCA